GUACGUCUACCACCGCGCCCUCCAGCACCACGUGCUGCGCCCGACGCACUGGACGCACCACCGCCGCCCGCACGACCACAAGCACCUCCGCAGCCCCGCCGGCAUGAUCCAGCUCUACGGAGGCGCCCUCUGCCUGCUCGUCUACGCCGUCCACGCGGCCCUCGGCGUGUCCCGCUACCCGCCCUUCUACCCGUGGCUCGCCUUUUGCUACCUCGCCUUCGAGUUCGCGCACGAGACCGCCCACAAGGCUGACCCGCCCGCGUGGCUCGGCGCCUGCCGCGACUUCCACGUCCAGCACCACAAGACGCCGUGGCUCAACUACGGGUUCGUCUCGCCGAUGUGCGACCACGUCUUCGGCACGGCGCACGGCGACUUCGCCGCGCCGUGGGCCUCGAUCCUCGCCUUCGGCCCCAUCCCCUUCCUCUCGUUUUUCCUCCUCCCCCCGGUCGGCACCUGCGCAGACGAGACGUCCUCCUCCGACGCCGAGUCGACGGCUGAGUCAGAGGCGAGCACGGUCCUUGCGGACAGCGAGCCGGCGCUCGCGCACGCCAAGCUCGCCGGCCAGCCGCCCGCCGAGUCGCCGACUUGCGUCCGCCACGCCUUUGUUGCCGAGGACCUGUCCUGACCGAGGACCUGUCCAUACCCGGCUUGCGCGCUCCUUCGCCCUCCUUCCCCUCCCCGCCGCCAGCCGCGCCUAGCUCGCCGUCGGCGGCGGCGGAUGCUCGAGGGGAGGUGCUGGGCCAGAGGAAGGGCAGGCGCGGCCGGUGAGGCCCCCUUCGCUGUGGCGGAGGGGCUGCUCUCUGUGGCCUCCCGUACUCUGGGUCUCUCUUGGGGGACUCCGCCCGCAGCCCUAGCUUUGCGCGCGGCGGUGUCCGGCAUGGUGGGCAGGGAGGGGGGAGGGCCCCCGUCUUUGUGAGAUUUUGCGUGCGUGGGAGCGCAUGACAUGGUGCGCUGCUGGGGCUCGCGAGGGUCCCGAAAUCCCUCGCGGUGUCCUGUCCGUGGCGAGCCGUGACUUGUGUGACCCGCGGUUGGAGAGGAGGGCCCCGAGAGGGGCCGCCGAGCCGUUGUGAUAUGUGACGUUUUCUGUUGAGUGUUGUUAUACACA